AUGAUUUGCUAUGUUAGUCACUUUGUCCAAAUUGUACUGGAACACCCAGAAACGUUUCCCAAAAUGAUCUGUUUGGUGCUUCUCCUUUGCAUCGUUAGCAAUGGAUUUGCCGAGAGCGAGUCAGAAGAAGACGAAGAAACAACUUCAGCUUCUAACCCUGACUUAAGCUCAGUAUUACCAAAAGAAAAAAUUUUGGAAGAGAUCAGUGUACAGUUGCUGGACGCUCUGAUAAAAAGAGGCCAAAUGGAAAUGGCCAAAGGAGCCUUUAAGACACAGCUUGAAGUGUUACGAAAAGUACAACCAGAACAAUAUAAGAAGUUAAAAAAAGUAUCGAUUGACCAGCUAGCAGCGGAAGCGAUACUUGAGCAAGCCGAUAUGGCGAAAAUGUUGCCAAAAACAGGGAAUCGUUUUGUGGAUAUGCUUCAUGAAAAUGGGAUACCAAUCGGAUCCAGUAUUAAGGGUAUACAGCAAGCGAUUAAGACGCAACGAGAAAUGGAAGAGAACGAUCCAGCUGAACAGAUCUUUAAAGCUAUACUGGAAAAAUUUCAAAAGCAAAUAUUACCCGGCAUAGUUGCUAACGCAAUUGCUGGCAGAAACCCAUUCCAAAUGCCCCCACGACAGCAGCAUACACAAACGACUGAGGAAGUACGGUACCAUGGUAGAGAUACAGAAGCGAGUAUCAAAAAACCACCGUUUUAUUUGACGCCACAGGUUGUAAGGUGGGAGCCAGCGAAAAGGCGGCCCAGUGAAUCUGAUGAAUAUGGAGAGCCAACAGUUGAGAACUCUGAACCGCAUGAUGAUCGGAUAUAUGACGCCCCUGUUUCAGAAGAGACAUCAGACGAAACCAGUAUGGAGAAUGACUUGAACGGUGUAAAAGAAAUGCGACUUCCACAGCAGCUGCUAAGCCGUAUUAAAAACAGCCCACGUGUUUCUGCCAUCUAUAAACAGAUUUAUUCAAAUACUUUCGAAAAAGACGAUGACGCCUCAUCAGAAACCGCUCAGGCUCUUGAUGCACCGGUACUUUCCAGUGAACGAUCAAAUGUGGCAGCGAAACUACCAGUUAAAGAAGCUCUUUUAUUGGGUGCUUUCGAAGAACCAACAGUUGUUAAAGAUACUGAAAUUACUGACUUUAAAAGAAUGUCUCCUUUGCGAAACACGGACUUUGUAAGUCAAUUGAAAAACAGCGAGCGCCUAUCAAAACUUCUGGACAGCUCACAAUUGGCCUACCAAUUAAGCCAGCCAGAAAAAUAUUUAGAACCAAAAAAAAUUUUCAACAAUCCUAAUCCACAGCCUGGCUAUUUCAUUCCGCGGAAACUGCCUAAGCGACCGAGAUCAAUGUUGCCCCUUGUAAUUGGAGUGAACACCGACGAAGAUUUUGAACCAUCAAGGGAACUCAAGAAUCCUGAUUUCCCGUUUGCAGAGAUUCAAAGAGCUCCAAAAAGAACCUUAGAACCAAGAAGCCAUUCAAGAGUUUUGGAACGAUUAAGAAAUAAUCCAGCUCUCGCAGGACUAUUUGAAAACACAGACUUGGCCCAACGACUUAAUCGAAAUACUGUUUUAACAGAUUCACAAAAAGGUUAUACAGCUAACCAAGGAAACACCUUCACAAGUUAUCCUAACAGAGCCUACGGCACAAAAACUUCUGCAGGUGCUUUAGCAAAAAAUGCUGAAGUUAAACAGGAUAUCGAAGAACGUCCGAUACCUCCUCUGUUCUUUAAGCCAAAAGGUAAGCAUACGCGAUUCCGGUUUGUUGGCGCUGCCGAACGCGAAAUACCAGGAAUAGGAGGUAGAUUAAUUCUCCCGUCUCUCGACCCAACCAAACCAGCAGUUAACACAGCAGUGCAUACCCAGGGAAAACAAAGGGACGAAUACGACACGAUUUUUAAGGUUCCUAACAAUCUCAGUGAUGGAGGAUCACUCGGAAUUCAUUCAAAAACUACUAGCGAACGUUUUUACGGAGGCAGUGGGAUGGUAGAUUCCCCCGCUCUUCGGCCAAUAACUUUAACAGCCUAA